GUCGUGUAUUGUUUGAAGUAGUGAGUAGAAAUCAUAGAUCAAACUUAAAACGAUAGUAUAUAUAGGAAUAUUUAGUAUGUCUUACACAGAAAAAGAGAGAUCUAUGAGACUGGAUGCGAACAUUGAAAACUUGUGCGUUAGUCUGGCGCUUUAGUCGCUUCACCAAUUGUGGAUUUAGAUACUAGAGAUAAGUGCGGUUCUGCCAGGUUCUACUGAUGUCGCAACAAUUCAAUCUAACCUCCGAAAAAAACUAGCAGCGUCCUACUCGAAGUAACUGUCAGUACACGGUACGUCAUCGUAAAGCGAUUUCAUUAAGGUUAUUUCGUGUAUUCCUUACUUCUAUUAAUUCGCCAACCGAUAAGCGAAUCCACAUCUAUGACACAUGGCUAGUAGAUCAUUGCUAGAUGGUCAAUCAUAAAAAUUUGAACACGUCGAAACUAAGAUUAAGAGUAGUGUCUCAAUCGAAGAAUUGGAACGGUAUUCGCCACGGCUUUCACAGACAUGGUUGGAUUGGCGGGCGGGGGAGGUCAUCUGUAUCCCUCGCCCCCAAUGCAACCUAAUCCAGAAUUGAGAGAAAUGACUGGAAUUGCUCCUAGUGCACCGACAAGUGCGGAUGCUUGUUUAAGUAUUGUACAUUCUCUCAUGUGUCAUCGUCAAGGAGGUGAAAGUGAAGGAUUUAGUAAGAGAGCUAUUGAAUCAUUGGUUAAAAAGCUUAAGGAGAAACGAGAUGAAUUAGAUAGCUUAAUAACUGCUAUUACUACAAAUGGAGCUCAUCCCAGUAAAUGUGUUACGAUACAAAGAACUCUAGAUGGUAGGCUACAAGUUGCUGGUCGUAAGGGUUUCCCACAUGUUAUUUAUGCUCGAAUCUGGAGAUGGCCGGAUUUACACAAGAAUGAAUUGAAACACGUCAAGUACUGCCAAUUUGCUUUUGACUUAAAAUGUGAUUCUGUAUGUGUAAAUCCAUAUCACUAUGAGAGAGUUGUAUCUCCUGGCAUAGACCCGUUCUUUACAGACCUAUCUGGACUAACUCUGCAAUCAGGAGUAGGCAUAGGACCAGGUGGUAGAUUAGUCAAAGAUGAAUAUUCAGUUGGUGGUGGAGGAAGUGCAGCUGCUGGAGCAGUAGGAUCCGCAAUGGAUGUUGAUGGAGAAAUGAACCAAACUAUUCAACAUCAUCCACCUGCUCAACCCACUUCGUCUAAUAGCACUCAACCAUCUCAACAGACUUUUAUACCAGGUCUAGCACCGCCUAAUCCAACUAGUGGUGAGGGUAUGUUUGGCAGUAAUGGGGGAGGGAAUAAUGGUGGUAAUCCACACAAUAAAUUGGAUGACAAUAAUUGCCCCAGACAAACCUGGAUUCCUACACCUCAUCAUCCUACAACACGUAACAUUCAUCAUCUAGUACAUCCAAUGAGUCACACCGUAGGUAGCCAACAGCAGUCAUUGAGUACAUCUAGUGGAGGCAGUGGGGCACAGAUACUGAGCCCUUCACAAGGACAAUCCACUGAAACAUUUUAUGGAACAAAUACACCUCCUCAAGAUCUUAAUCAACCACCUACUGUUGAUGCAUUAGCAGCAUCUUUAGGUGAAGGUCAAAAUUCUCCUGUAUCACCUGUACACCUUCAUCAUCCAAGUGGAUUUCCAGUAGGUACAGCUGCUUAUAAUUCAGGAGCACCACAGUGGACUGGACCUAAUACUCUUACAUAUACUCAAAGUAUGCAGCCUCCAGAUCAUAGACAUCUUCAUCCUACCUCCUAUUGGGGUGGCCAUGGAGGUGAAGUAGGUGGAAACAUUGGUGGUUUAUUAUCUACACAGCCAGCACCAGAAUAUUGGUGUUCAGUUGGUUACUUUGAAUUAGAUACUCAAGUAGGCGAAACGUUUAAAGUAAGCAGCAGUUGCCCUACCGUAACAGUCGAUGGUUAUGUCGAUCCAAGCGGCGGUAAUAGAUUUUGCUUAGGAGCUUUGAGUAAUGUACACAGAACAGAACAAAGCGAAAAAGCUCGUCUUCAUAUAGGAAAAGGAGUUGUGUUAGAUUUAAGGGGCGAAGGAGACGUUUGGUUAAGAUGCCUAAGUGAACAUAGUGUUUUUGUACAGUCUUAUUAUUUAGACAGGGAAGCAGGUCGUGCACCCGGUGACGCUGUGCAUAAAAUUUAUCCCUCUGCAUAUAUUAAAGUCUUUGAUUUACGGCAAUGUCAUAAGCAAAUGAGAGGACAAGCCGCUACUGCACAAGCCGCAGCUGCGGCACAAGCGGCAGCUGUAGCGGGACACUUAACGCACGGUGCACCAAUUACGAAAAGUCUUAGUGCAGCAGCAGGAAUAGGUGUAGAUGAUCUUCGACGACUUUGCAUUUUGCGUUUAAGUUUUGUAAAGGGUUGGGGUCCUGAUUAUCCACGACAAAGUAUAAAAGAAACUCCAUGCUGGAUAGAGGUGCACUUACAUCGAGCCCUUCAAUUGCUGGAUGAAGUCUUGCAUACUAUGCCAAUAGAUGGUCCACGGGGAAUUGAAUAAUUUUAUUUAAUUUUGGAUAAUACAUUUAUUUCAAAAAAGACAUCACAUUACUACAAACUCUGUAUCAGGUGUGCAAAAUAUAUAAAAUGCAUACACAUACAA